AAAAGAAAGAUAAGGCGAAAUAAAAGAAGUGCUAAUUGCUGUUAAUUGUAAUUAAUUGGUAUAUAGCUUAGUGCUAAAUAUAUAAGCUUACUAAGAAGUAUUAUUAGAGAUUGACUGACAGGUGGAUUGGCGGGUGAAGCAAGGGGGGAACUGCGAGAAAGACUGAGGGAAAAUGGGAACAAUUGCAUGCGAUAUCAGCGUUAUGGACACCUUGCUUCAACGGGCGGAAAGGUAGAAAAUGAAACUUUAACGUAUGUUAACAGAUGGCUAAAUGAGAUUAGAUUUAAAGUGCAUUUAGAGUCUUACAAAACACUCUUGGAGUCUCGUACUAUAAGAAGCAGCGAACUAAAACAUUCUAACAUUAACCACGAUUUGGAAAAUUCCAUUUGGAUAGCUGCAUAUCUUUUUUCGGGGUUUGCAGACAGUCACGUGUAGACGGUGCUGUUGCGUCAUCCAAUUGCGACGGGAGAUGAUGACAGUAAAGCGAAACGCGAAUAGUUGUUUUAAUUCCACGUGAAUAUUAUCCAGUGGCCUAUACAGUUAUCUAGUUAAUUUGUCUUCUGUCAAUCAUUGACGACACUAACUUUGUAUACUGCUGUUGAAAUAUAAUUAACAGCUUUGAGCUAUCAAUUUACUUAACCUGUGUAGUUUGGUUGUCGACAGGUGUAAGAACCUGCACAUUCAUUCAAAGAAAAUGAACGAAGCAGAGUUGGUGGAGUACUUUAGGACUCAGAUGAAGACAGACCCAGACAUGGCUUCUGCCGUAGCUGCCAUACGAACCUUAUUGGAGUUUCUGAAGAGAGACAAAGGAGAGACGAUCCAGGGUCUCAGGGAGAGUUUGAAGGGGGCGACAGCCUGCCUGACUGCGGUGGACUCUUCCGUGGCUGUGUCCUCUGGCGGCGAACUGUUCCUCCGCUUCAUCAGCCUGACGUCUCUGGAACACCAGGAUCUGUCACGCUGCAAGAAGGUGAUGGAGGAGAGAGGAGAGCUGUUCUUAGAGAAGAUCUCGCUAUCCAGAAGCAAGGUGGCCAAACUCUGCCACACGUUCAUCAAAGACGGGGCGAAAAUCCUGACCCACUCCUCCUCCAGGGUGGUGCUGAGGGUGCUGGAGAAGGCUGCGGCUGAGAAGAAGCGCUUCUCUGUCUAUGUCACAGAGUCCCAGCCAGACACUGCAGGGUGGCAGAUGGCAGAUGCCUUGAGAAAACUCAACGUUCCUGUGACUGUAGUUCUAGAUGCUGCCGUGGGGUAUGUCUUAGAGAAGGUGGACCUGGUCAUCGUCGGUGCAGAAGGAGUCGUGGAGAGCGGAGGCAUCAUCAACAAAAUUGGCACCUAUCAGAUGGCUCUGUGCUCCAAAGCCCACAACAAGCCCUUCUACGUCGUAGCGGAGAGCUUCAAGUUCGUCCGCCUGUAUCCCCUCAACCAGCAAGACGUCCCAGACAGAUUCAAGUACAAGGCAGACACACUGAGGACCGUCCAGAACCUGUCGGAGGAGCACCCUAUGACUGACUACACCCCGCCCUCCCUCAUCACCCUCCUCUUCACCGACCUGGGGGUCCUCACCCCCUCCGCUGUCAGUGACGAACUCAUCAAGCUUUAUUUAUAACUGUGCCUCGCGACAUCAAAAUAAAAUAAAUUCCAAAAGGGACAA